UCCUCCUGUCUGGCUGUCUCUUUAAAAAAGAAAAAAAAAUCCCAACUCCUCCGCCCCCGAACACAUCUGAACCCCCUUCCGUCGAAGCACGACACCUCGAUUUCUUCUGAUCUCUGCUGACCGUCGUCGCCCUCGUCCUCCCCUCUGCCGGCACUACAGCUGCUGAUCUGUCAGGACUUCUGCUGGUAAGGAAGCCAUGGCUUGCUCCGAUGGAUUCCUGUUGAGUUAAUUUUGGCUCUGGUAGUCUUCCCUCCGCCAUUUUUGUUUUUGGGGCAAACCUCCGCCGACUUGACCGGACACAAUUUCUGCCUUCCGCACGCGUCGGCGUCGCCCAUCGCAACGCUGCUAGAAGAGAUGAACUGCGAGACAUGUCAGCUGAAGGAGCUGGAGCUGGAACCUAAAGAGAUCAGGGAUGUGCUGCGAUGCAUUUUACACACCAUAUUCUUCCAUAGAACCCUAAGCCUUGUUCGGCCCAAAGAUGUCGACUGUGAACUCUUUGAGAUCACCUACGUGCAGUGUGGACUACCCGAAUUAGAAAAAGAAGUUGAUGGAAAGAUUGACCAGUUCAUUGCUUGGGUAGAGAAGCAUCCAAAUCGCAGAAGCCAGGUAUGCCUCUACUUUUUCGAUGAGAAAAACAAACACCCAGGUUGGUUUGUAAACAAAACAGAGCGCAUUUAUUGGGAACAAUGGUUCAUCAAUUUGCAUGUCAUGAACCCAAAAGGAUAUAGCAAAUCAAAUAGCUCCAAAGGGCUCACAAAUAUUGGAGAGAACACCUUGGAGGAGACUAGCUCAAGGCGUGCUGCAUUGGAGUCAUCCAUUCAUGAAGUACUAUUCCAGAUCAUAAACUUCGCCAACAAGAAAAAAGACCAUAUUCCUGCGAUCCCUGAUAGAAUAUUCAAUCAUGAGAUCAUGAUCCCAAGGUGACCCCUUUUCGUUGGACGUGUUGACAGUUCCUCGGAUUCUGUGUUUGGAUGGAACACCGACGUUCUUCGGAGAGUGUUGAAUAGUGGGCACCCGUACUCACUUUAGCUGAAGACGACCGAUGCCGCCAUCCGGUGUGGAAGGUGCUUUGCUAACCAUCCGGUGUGGAAGGUGCUUACGGAGAACUAGUGUUGUGUACAUAAUCCAUGUAUGCUGUCCAGAGAGCAAGGUCAUCUGGCCUGUAAAUAUUUAUGUGCAAAAUUAAUUUUUUCUAUUUUGAACAAUGUUGCUUGCUGGAUAACCAGAUACUUAAUACGCUAUCAAAUAUGCUUUGUUGAGACA